AUGGUCGAUGAACCAAACUCGAUGAAUUAUCCAGAAGACCGGAGGGAGGUGGUGCUCGGGGUGAAUGCGGCGUGCUUGGGAUGUACUAUACUGUUCGUGGGUUUGCGAUCGUACGCGAGGUUUAGUGUGAAGGGUUUGGGUACGGAUGAUGUGUUGAUUUUCCUUGCCACAUUGUGCAGUAUCGGGUUAUUUGUGACCUGCCUUUUUGCAAUGAAAUAUGGCAUGGGAAGGCAUGUCGGAACAAUAUCUUCAGAGGAGUUGGUAGUGUACACCAAGAUGACCUGGAUCGGCGGAUUAGUUCACACCGCAUCAACAGCCUUUGUCAAGGCUUCACUACUGGCACUUUAUCUGCGCCUCUCACCCAGCAGAGCCUACCGAAGUCUGAGCUACAUCUCGCUGGUAUUAGUAGUUGGCCAUGCGGUCUCAGGCCUUACGGUGACUACGUUUCAAUGCACCCCAGUGCCGUACCUGUGGGACAAGACGAUCAAGGGCCGCUGCAUCCGGACAGGAAUUUUCCACUUUGUGAAUGCGGGAGUGAAUGUUUUGACCAAUGUAUUGAUAUGCGCCCUCCCAAUGCCGAUGCUUUGGGGGGUCCAACUUCCGAAACGUCAGAAACUCGGAUUGUGUGUAGUCUUCUCACUCGGAGCAUUGGCUUGCACAGCGAGCAUAAUCCGCCUCCUAUGUCUCCGCGGGCUCCUCAAGUCUCACGAUCCAACAUGGACAAUAGUAAACUCAUUCACUUGGUCCAUAAUCGAACUUCACGCUAUCAUCUUGGCCGCCUGCAUACCGAGCUUCAGAACUCUUAUGGGACGCCACUUCCCAAACCCCCUCGGGUCAUCUUACUACUCACACUCCACCCCGGGCAGUAUGCGGAUGAAGACGAAACUGGGCCGACACACGCACUACCGGGUCAAACACCACAUGCCAUACGCACUCGGCAGCAUGGAUACUCGCGAGCACACUACGAAUCAUAUUGAGGGUGGCGGCGGGGUGGGUGGAGGGGGUGGAUUGGAUGAUAAGGAUAGGGAUGAGGGCGGUGGGAUGAUGGUUGUUGGGGGCGACGGGGAGAGUGAGAUUUUGUUUAUCGAGGUCCCGGAUGGGGGAAUUAUCAAGACCACCGAAGUGGAGGUUAGGGUUGUCGAGAGGGGAUAA